AGCCUCGGCGACUGCUGCUCUCCUCUCUCCGCGGUGGAACUCCAAUCUCGCUCUCUCUCUCUUUCUCUCUUCCUCUUUCUCUCUGUGUCGUUCUCUCUCUCAGCCUUCCCUCCGUUCGCCAGACCUGACCCGACCGCCGCGCUCUCCGCUCCCAUGCGCUCCUCCGCCACGGCCGUGCCCGCUUCUGGAUGCUGAAACCCCGACGAGCUCCGCGACCAUCUCCACCGCUACUACCACCAUGUCCAACCCGAGCCACGACCCCUUCUACUCGUCCCCGUUCGGACCGUUCUACCGGAGGCACUCGCCCUACAUGGUCCAGCCGGAGUACCGGAUCUAUGAGAUGAACAAGCGGCUGCAAGCGCGCACCGAGGAAAGCGAUAACUUGUGGUGGGAUGCCUUCGCGACUGAGUUUUUCGAAGAAGACGCCACCCUCACGCUCUCCUUCUGCCUCGAAGAUGGACCAAAGAGAUACACGAUCGGCCGGACAUUGAUCCCUCGCUACUUCAGCACGGUGUUUGAGGGCGGAGUCAGCGACCUCCACUACAUCCUCAAGCACUCCAAAGAGUCCUUUCACAACUCCUGCAUCACUCUGGACUGCGACCAGUGCACCAUGGUCACCCAGCACGGCAAGCCCAUGUUUACAAAGGUGUGUACAGAGGGCCGUUUGAUACUGGAGUUUGCCUUCGAUGACCUGAUGAGGAUCAAAACGUGGCACUUUACCAUCAGACAGUACAGAGAACUCAUCCCCCGCAGCAUCCUGGCCAUGCAUGCACAAGACCCUCAGGUGCUGGAGCAACUGUCCAAAAACAUCACUCGAAUGGGUCUGACCAACUUCACCCUCAACUACCUCAGGUUGUGCGUCAUCCUGGAGCCCAUGCAGGAGCUCAUGUCCCGGCACAAGACGUACAACCUCAGCCCCAGAGACUGUCUGAAAACAUGCCUGUUCCAGAAGUGGCAGAGGAUGGUCGCUCCACCAGCCGGACACCCACAGAACUUCAAAACGGAAAUAUUCCCCACGAAUCACAAAAAAGGUCGUGCCAAAGCUGAGCCUGCCCGACAGACCACCACCAAGAGGAGGAAACGGAAGAACUCUGCCAGCAGCGCCAACAGCAGCCUGGGCACAGCGGCCAGCAAGAAGCGCAGUCCAGCUACCAACUUCAGCCUCUCCAGCCAGGUACCUGACGUGAUGGUAGUGGGGGAGCCGACCUUGAUGGGAGGAGAGUUUGGGGAUGAGGACGAGCGUCUGAUCACACGGCUGGAGAACACGCAGUACGACGCUACCAACGGUCUGGACGAUGACGACGACUUCCACAGUUCGCCCGCCCUCGCCAACAACCCGCCCUGGAGCACCAAGCCCCCUAGUGGUCCGGAGGGGAAGGCAGAGAGCACAGCGCCGCAGCCCACUCAAUAAAACUACACGGGGAAUGGGAAAACAAUGUCAACAAUUCCAGAAUGGGACUUUUUGGACUCUCCAGAGUGGAUGUUAUGGAUUUAUGGGAUAUGUGCUGCAUUAAAAUGAUAGCUACAUUAGUUGACAUAACAUUUAUUGAAUGUUUGAGAAGCAAGUAAGUAAUAAUAAGCGGUGUUAAUUUCAUCAACUAAAAUAUUUCAUCAUAGUUUUCGUCAGUGUUAUAUUUUUGCUGACUUAAACUAAAUUAAAAACCUAAAAAGUCAUAUUGGCUGAAAUUAUGAGAAAAGGAACUAAUAGAAACUAGAUACAAGUUGUACUUUUCCAUCCCAAACCAGACAUAAACAAUAAACAUAUGUAUAUACAAAUGCAGUACAAUCUAUUCUGUAUUAUGAAUUUAGGUGAAGAUUAAAUACAUGACCUAAAACUAUAAACAUAAACGUAAUUUGACUAAAGCUUGACUAAAACUAAAAAACAGUAAUAAUUCGCAAAGUAAUUAACAAUAAGAAAAUUAGUGGCUGACUAUUCAUUCUUUCUUAACAUGAUCGAUCCAGACUUUUUAGAUAAGACCUUGAAGAUUUAUUUACAAUAUUUCUGAUUUAUUUUAUUUUGUUUUUGUUUUUUACAAUACUUUUACAAUGUAUACUCAACUAUAUAUACUCAACUGGUAAGAAUUACAUUAUUACGUUGAAUGAAACAAAUCAUAUAAAUUGAUACACUAAUCAAAACUACUCUAACUUGUUUUUUAAUCUGUAUUCAAGUCAUUUCAAUCACUGUAGCUAUCCAUUUUUGCAGCGAGAACUCAAAUUUUCAACUUUUCUCUGGACGUUAAGAAUUUUGGGAGAAAUCCAGCACAGCAAUACCCACAAAGACUUGAGCGCAUACCAGUGUGUGUGACAAUAUGUAAAAAUAUCAACUUUUUUUCCUCUUCAGUGGACAAUGGGAGAAUUAAUUCAACGUUGGAUCAAUACUGGAUUGGUUGAAGUCGUUUCGGAAGCCAGCGGGGAGAACAUAGAAUAACAAAAAGCAAAAACGUCCAAAAUGGCAAAAUUGCAACAGAAAGCAAAGAACUUUCUUCAAAUGAGAGAUUGUUUUGGAGGCAAUUUUGUUUUUAUUGCGAAUCCAGUGGGUUUGUUUUCGACCGCCUCUUGCUGCUUAUUUCAAUUUGCAAUUAAGGAGGGAAAUAAAAGUCCACACAACUGCUCCGACCAACUACGGACUCCUUUUCGAAUGAGCUUUUAGAGAUUGUUUUACGGCGGCGCAUGGUCACACGUGGUGAUUUCAUGCCAACCGUUUUGAUUGUGUUGUAGUCUUAUCGCUAUUUUUCUCUUUACAAACCCCAAUCAUGUAGUCAUUUUUGUGAUCCUUGCCUUUUAUUUUGCCCUUCUCAGAAAAUUUGGUCCCUUUAAAAACGACCUAUUCCCAAACUGAUGGUAAAGCCUGCAUGAUUUUGUUCCGUUUGUCAUAUGUAAUUUUCCGGAAAAAAAAAAAAAAAAAAAAAUCUGAAUUUUUUAUAAUCAGUUUGGGAACACUGUUAAAAAGGUUUGUAGCUAUGUAAAUAUAGUGGAAAAUGAACUGUCGGCUAAGAAAAUGUUGGCGAUAUGGCAGCUGUAGUUUUGUAUAGGAGUUGCAUUUCUGUUGGAUGGUAUGGACAAUAAUGAUAUUUCUAUAAUAAUUAGCAAAUGUAUUUUUUUCAGUGCGGAACCAAAGCCACAAUUAAUAGCCAAUUUAAGUUCAUGUACAUUCUGUAAUAAUAAUUUUGCCACCAAGUCCUG